AUGGCCGACGUGGGGAAGAAGUACUGCGUGAACUGCCUCUCGGACGUCACGAACCUCCGCCUGCGCUGCACCGAGUGUCCGGACAUGGAGCUCUGUCCGGAGUGCUUCUCGGCGGGCGCGGAGAUCAGCAACCACCGCAGAUGGCACGGAUACCAGCUGGUGGACGGCGGCCGCUUCUCCCUGUGGGGCGCGGAGGCAGAGGGAGGCUGGACGAGCAGGGAGGAGCAGUCGCUGUUAGAUGCCAUCGAGCAGUACGGCUUUGGGAACUGGGAGGACAUGGCGGCUCACGUGGGACCGUCCCGCACGCCGCAGGAGGUGAUGGAGCACUACGUCACCAUGUACAUCCACGGCAACCUGGGCAAGGCCUGCAUCCCGGACAGCAUCCCCAACCGCGUGACCGACCACACCUGCCCCACCGGAGGGCCCCUGUCCCCCAGCCUCACCACCCCCUUACCCCCCUUGGACGUCAGCCUGAGCGAGCAACAGCAGCUGGGCUACAUGCCUCUGCGCGAUGACUACGAGAUCGAGUACGACCAGGACGCGGAGAAGCUAAUCAGUGCUCUGUCGGUGAACUACGACGACGAGGACGUGGACAUCGACAUGAAGCGCGCGCACGUGGACAUGUACGUGCGGAAACUGCGCGAACGGCAACGACGGAAGAACAUUGCACGAGACUACAGCCUCGUUCCGUCGUUUUUGGGCAAAGACAAAAAGGACAAGGAAAAGCCGGGAACUUUGGGAGUCCCAGGCACUGGUGGAAGCUUGGGUAGUGGUAGCACGCCAACCAGCGCGGCCAUCGGUCAAAGCUCGACCACGACGGGACCUGCAACUCCAGGAACGCCCAAACGGAAAAUCACGAAAGAGGAGAAGGACCAGCGCUCGCGGUUGAAGAGCUUGUGUCAGUUCAUGGCCAACAAAGAGUUUGAGGACUUCUUCGAGAACAUGCACAAGGAACGGGUGUUGCGGGCAAAAGUGCGCGAGCUCCAGAGGUACCGGCGGAACGGCAUCGCGCGCCUAGACGAGUCGGUGGAGUACGAAGCCGCGAGACACAAGCGAGAGAAGCGCAAAGAGAACAAAAGCGUGGUGACGUCCAAGCGAGGGAGCGGAGGAGGAGGUGGAGGCGGCGGUGGUCUCGGCUCUGGGAUGGGACUAGGGGGAGGAGCGGGAGGGGGCGGUGUGGGAGGAGGGAUGGGCGGAGUCAGCAUCAAAGAGGAGAGUAAAGACGGGGAGUUCGCGGCCAUCGAGAACCUGCCGGGGUUUGAGCUCUUGUCGGAUCGCGAGAAGGUUCUGUGUAGCUCGACAAACCUCAGUCCUGCACGAUACCUAACCGCCAAAACUAUCAUCAUCAAGGAUCACCUACAGAAGCGGCAGGGGAUCCCGUCCAAAAGCCGUCUGCCCAGUUACUUGGAUAAAGUCCUGAAGAAACGCAUUCUCACCUUCCUCACGGAGAGCGGAUGGAUAUCGAGAGACGCCGCGUAG